CCGGUUGGCAGCCGGAAGAGGAGCCGUCACCGCCCGCCUGACUUCCCCAGCAGGCAAGCAGAGAGGCAGGGAAGCAGGCAGGCGGCCGCCAUGCUGCAGUUCUUGCUUGGUUUUACUCUUGGCAAUGUGGUUGGGAUGUAUCUGGCUCAGAACUAUGAUAUUCCUAAUAUUGCAAAGAAGCUCGAAGAGUUUAAGAAGGAUGUGGAAGCUAAGAAGAAACCUCCCAGUGACAAGUCCUAACAGAGCGACGUUUCCCAGGUCACCUCUGUGCGUGCAUCAAGGAUGCACUUUACCUUUCAGGCAACGAAGAUCAAGUAGGGGGUUGGCAUGGGAGAUUCCUCCAUUUUUAGUCUCCUAGAAAUGGAAUGUCCUUUUUUUGAAAGUACAGCCUCGAACUUUCCCUGGGACUGAUUUUCAAGGGUUUCAGAGUUUGGAUUUGCAGCUGAUAUGUGACUGGAUAAGAUCGUUUGUAUUUUUCGUUACUGCUUUUCCUAAUAUUUUGUAACCCAUUUUUACCUGAUCCAACUGGAGUCCUUUUAGUCCUGGUACUAUGCAUACCUCACACUUUGUAAUUCCCUAGUUCUUAGAACAUCGCAAAAGAAAUUAAAUGCAUCAAGAAGUUA